AUGGACUACAACAGUGUCAGCUCCCAGCAUCUGUGGGAGAACACUAAACCUGUCACCUCCUCCCCCUGGUUGACCUCUGAGCUCCGCACGCUGAAGCAAGCUCGCUGCCGCCUAGAGCACCUGAGCAGGAAGUAUGGGCUCACUGUCCACGCUGAGGCCAACAAACUCCACCUCUCUACCUACAGAGAUGGCCUCGGUGCUGCCAGGUCCACCUACUUCUCCAACAUCAUCAACAGCUCCAAUAAGAACUCCUGGACUCUGUUCUCCACUGUCAGCAACUACUUCAGACUUUGUCCACACUCUCUCCCAACCACGCCCACCCAGUGUCCACACCCUCUCCCAACCAUGCCCACCCAGUGUCCACACCCUCUCCCAACCACGCCCACGCCCAACCAGUGUCCACACCCUCUCCCAACCACGCCCCACCCAGUGUCCACACCCUCUACCCAACCACGCCCCUCCCACCCACUGUCCACACCUUCUCCCAACCAGCCCAGUCCCACCCCAGUGUCCACACUCUCUCCCAACCACGCCCACCCAGUGUCCACACCCUCUCCCAACCAUGCCCACCAGUGUCCCACACCCUCUCCCAACCACGCCCACGCCCAACCAGUGUCCACACCCUCUCCCAACCACGCCCACCCAUGUCCACACCCUCUCCCAACCAUGCCCACCCGUGUCCACACCCCUCUCCCAACCACGCCCACGCCCAACCAGUGUCCACACCCUCUCCCAACCACGCCCACCCAGUGUCCACACCCUCUCCCAACCACGGCCCCAACUCCCACCCAGUGUCCACACACCCUUCCCAACCAUGCCCACCCAGUGUCCCACCCUCUCCCAACAGCGCCCACGCCCAACCAGUGUUCCACACCCUCUCCCAACCAUGCCCACCCAGUGUCCACACCUCUCCCAACCAGCCCACUCCCACCCUGUGUCCACACUCUCUCCCAACCACGCCCACCCAGUGUCCACACUCUCCCCCAACCACGCCCACCCAGUGUCCACACUCUCUCCCAACCACGCCCACUCCCACCCUGUGUCCACACUCUCUCCCAACCACGCCCACCCAGUGUCCACACCUUCUCCCCAACCACGCCCACCAGUGUCCACACCCUCUCCCAACCACGCCCACUCCCACCCAGUGUCCACACCCUCUUCCCAACCACGCCCACCCCAGUGUCCACACCUCUUCCCAACCACGCCCACUCCCCCAGUGUCCACACCUCUCCCAACCACGCCCACCCAGUGUCCACCACCCUCUCCCAACCAUGCCCCACAGUGUCCCACACCCUCUCCCAACCACGCCCACCCAGUGUCACACCCUCUCCCAACCACGCCCACUCCCACCCUGUGUCCACACUCUCUCCCAACCACGCCCACCCGUGUCCACACUCCUCUCCCAACCACGCCCACUCCCACCCCAGUGUCCACAACUCUCUCCCAACACGCCCACCCAGUGUCCACCACCUCUUCCCAACACGCCCACCCAGUGCUCACACUCUCUCCCAACCACGCCCACCCCACCCCAUGUGUCCACACUCUCUCCCAACCACGCCCACCCAGUGUCCACACUCUCUCCCAACCACCGCCUCCCACCAGUGUCACACUCUCUCCCAACGACGCCCACCCAGUGUCCACACUUCUCUCCCAACCACGCCACACCCAGUGGUCCACACUCUCUCCCAACCACGCCCACUCCCACCCUGUGUCCACACUCUCUCCCAACCACGCCCACUCCCCACCCUGUGUUCCACACUCUCUCCCAACCACGCCCACCAGUGUCCACACUCUCUCCCAACCACGCCCACCCCACCCUGUGUCCACCACUCUCUCCCCAACCACGCCCACAACCAGUGUCCACACUCUCUCCCAACCACGCCCACUCCUACCCACUGUCCACACUUCUCCCAACCACGCCCAGUCCCACCCAGUGUCCACACCCUCUCCCAACCACGCCACCCAGUGUCCACACCCUCUCCCAACCACCCCCACUCCCACCAGUGUCCAAAACUCUCAAACUUUUCCAUCAUGCAAAUCAUUUGA